GAACCAAGUAUUAAUGAGACAGUAAAAAAUAUGAAUAAUGUAAAACUCUUCUCUCGCGAUUCCGUUCUCCAUCCCCCUUUUUUUUCCUAUGAAUGAUACCUUCUGUCUAUCAUACCCUGCAAAUUCUCUGGAAGGAAGAUCUCUGCUCACCAGAUGCAUCAUGUCGGUGAACAACGAACUCGGCGCAUUUCUUUCACAACGCCCAAAUUCUUGCUUACUUCACGGGGUUUUAGUUGCGUUCGGAUCCGCAAUUACUUUCGGAUUUGCCGUCUUCGCUUACUCGGCUUUCUUCGAUCCCGGGGAAGACGAAGUCGAGAAAAGCAGAUCCGAGAACGAAUAUCCCGCGCGAGAUCCCAAGUCCAGGGAGUCAUCCGAUCCCAGCUCUCUCGAGUGGUACCCCAAUGAAAGGGCGCCGGCAGGUGAAGACGCAGGCGACACAGCGACGCUUCCGCGUGCCGAACCCGACGCCAUUUCCAAGUUCGUCGGGCACAACGAGCCCUUCUGUGGGAUCACCGCCGAUUGGGCAGACCGGCGCCCCCAGGGCUACUUUGUCACCAACAUGGACGCGACGGUGUUAAGGAAGCGGUCGACGGCACUGCCCAAGCGGCGGUCGGCGCCGGUGACUAAUUUUCGCAGACAUGCGACCCAAUCCGCCCCUUCGUCGUCGAAGGCAGUGGCGUCCGUCAAGGCUGACCACAGCGUUGACGGCGGUUGUUCGGGAGGAGAAGUGCCGCUGCAGUCGAGUUUCUCACGCGCCACCGACACACUGUCUAUUGAUGGUGACGCAUCCCAGAGAAAAUCAGACGCCACACUAACCAGCGUUGAAAACUGCACCUCAACUGAACAAAUUUCUGAACCGCAAAUAAAAGAUGCCGCAAUUCUCUUGAAGAAGCUUUCAAAAAACCCGGAAUCUCUUCAAAUCUUCAUACCAGAUUUGGCGCGAGAAAAAGUCUUGACUCUGUUGGGCAUUCUCAGCAUCCCAAGCAUUGUUGAAAUCCUUAAAAAAUACUCCGUCGAAGAAGCCGUGACGAACGUUGGAAUUUCCUUGAACGCAUUGUGUUCUGCUCACCUGAAAUCACGACAAGGAACCAGCUUCGACACGACGACAGCGACUCAGGUCUUGAACCUCGAAGAACCCUCCUUAACUUGGGACGCCAUCUUGGGCAAUCUUUCUCAUAAACUCAAAGAGAAAUCCGGUCUCAAGAGCAAAGUGGUGCAGCAGCUUUUCGGCCUCCGAGUCGCCACAGUGAUCGAAUGCAAGUCCUGCGACGCUUUCAUCACUGAAGAAGAAAAGUUAUUCUGCGCAUUCCCAGUCAGCAAAUCCUUUUUGGGCAACUUGACGCGACGCUACACGCUUCUCAGCUGCUUGAAGAAGCAAUCCGAACCCAGCAAAGUUCGCGGCGAACACUGGACCCGGUGCAUCCACAAGGGCAACCUUUUCAAACGCAAACUCGUCACCAGUUUCCCGGACUUGCUUUUGUUUGAAAAGGUGAAGGAAGAAGAAGAAGACUUCGUAUUCCCUCCGUUUCCACUCGCGUUAGACUUAUCAGGAAUCACGUCUCGGAAAGAGUUUCGUCCGCGUUACAAGCUUCAUGCAGUGACUGUUAGUUGCGGGAAGGAGACGAUGGUUUAUUUCAGGUUUGAUGGGGCUUGGUUCGAGGUUGAUGGUGAAGGCACAGUAGAAAGGAUGAGGAUCGCUUCGGAGGAGAAGUUUCACUUGGAGAAGUUGAUGAAUGCUGGGAGCAUAGUGACACUGGCUUACUUCAAAGAGCUGCUCUGGAGACCUGAAGGACAGCAAUUAUGAAUCCUUGCUCUCUUUUUCUUGCUAAUCCUGAGCGAAGUUUUUUCCCCCCAUGAUCUACGUGUGUACGCGUUUUUUUCCCCUAAUGGAAGCACGGUUUGAUGACUCACUCUGCAGAAAAGGAAUCUAAGCCACCUCAGCUAAUCUCAGAACGCAAUUGUGUGCUUUGCAAAAGAGAAAAAGCAAAAAAUGUUGAACUCCUGGA